GUUUGGUUCAGUUUUGUCUCAUAAAUUUAUAUAAGAUAUCGCAUUCAUGUCGAAUAGCAUCACCGAAUACCGCAUACGUAGACCGCCUCCAUAGCCUUCACCCAACAGAAUCACCUCCAAUAACAUCUCCGUCCCUCAAUAGUUCCAUCCCAACAAUGCUCCGUUGCAUCCACCACGCCCAUCCUAGGCUAUCAUCAUCAUCAUCAUCAUCAUCAUUCCUAUCCCACUUUUUCUCUCCGUCUCCGGCUCCGAGAUGCUUCUCCCUCUCACCGCCCAUCGGAGCAAAACAGUUGCCGCCCCGGCUCAAAAUCAAUGAUGCCGAUUUGACCAUCUCCUAUCUCAAGGGCACCGGGCCCGGAGGUCAGAAAAUAAAUAAAACUAAUUCUGCCGUCCAAUUAAUACAUAAACCUACCGGUCUUGUGGUCAAGUCCCAAGCUACUCGUUCUCGGUCUCAGAAUGAGAAGAUCGCCCGUCAGCUUCUGGCUGAUAGGGUCGAGCAUUUGCAAAAUGGGGACCAGAGUCGGACUUCGAUCAAGGCGGAUCGGGCCAGGAAGAAGAAGGCUAGUAAGGUGAAGAAGAGCCGGCGCAAGUAUCGCGAGCUGGAGGAAGGGAAAGACCCAGAGGGGGGGGAAGAAGGAGAAGCAGAAGCAGAAGAGGAACCAUCAGAAAUACCAGAGUCCAAAUCAGAGGCUACUCCAGAGCCACAGGAACACAGGCAGGAUCGAUGAUUGAGUGCAUAUCGCUGCUCGGUGUUACGAUUAAGAAUGUACGAUAUCUGUAUUCGAUUCUAUGUAAAUAAAUACCUCAUGUGUAAUAUUUUUGAUAUUAUCUAAUAAAUAAUGGUGGCUCAUAAAAGGCA